AUGCCGCGAGUGACGGAGAAGGCUGUUAAGCCGGCUACCAAGUCUGCGGGUACUGAUGUGCUGGACCUUGCUGCUAAGGGUCAUCAGUCAGAGCCGGCUACGCCAAAGCCGCACUUGAAGGAUGUGGAAGGCCCUUUUGCGGAUGGUGUGCACGCUUCGCUGGUGAAGAGGCUGUCGGCGCUUAAGUUUCCUUCCUCGGACGCGCCUGCUGAAGGAGGGGACAACAUUGCUAACGAAGGACAAGACAGAGAGGAGGAAGUGAAGUUGCCGACCGCUGCUCCCGAGGCACCUGAGGAAGGGAAUGAAGACGAGGAAGAAGAGGAUGAUGGAUAUCUUAGUGAUGACCCGGAGGAGCGUUUUGAUCCGGUGAAGGUGGGAGAAAUCGCUGCUCGUGCGGGAUUUUCCAUCACAUUGCUGGUUUCGAUCAAGUACGAGGAGGAGGUCCCCCGCACUAUUGACACGAUCAAGGGACUUCUCGCGCUUUGGAGGAAAUACAUGUCGGCUCACGUACUGACGACGACCAAGUGCCAAGUCCUCCUGCCGGCGUGGUUGUCAAAGAAGCGGUACGAUAGGCUGCAAGUCACAUUUCAGCAGGCAUCGGACGCGAACUACGUGUGGUGUCGCAGGAUCCAGCACAAGAUGUUGAACGAGGAGAACAUUUACCUGGACUGGCAGCAUCCGGAAAACCCGGUUUACAUUCAGGAGCGUGCAACUAACCCGGAAUCCAUUGAAGUGCUGCUGAAGAGUGUCCCGGCAGCUAUUACGUCGGAGAUGGUGUAUCAAUACCUGGUGAAGACGGUGCUGGAGAAGCGAGGCCGGACGCCUUUUCUCAGCGGCGCUGCUUUCCACAGGGUGGUGGACCCGGUUACUGGUGCAGACACUGACAAGAUUCGGGGUCUGGUUAAGGGACACCCGGGGGAUAACCGGGAGGAGUGGUUGUGCGUCCAGGAGGCGUGCGGCAAGGCACAUGACUCCAGCUUUACGCAGGCCUUAACGCAUAUGAAGUUGGUGCAGCACUGCACAGCUAUCCUGCAGGGAGAAGCGGCAAGCAGGAAGAGCAGAGGGAAAAUGAAUUUCAUUCCGAUCCGCAAGGAGUUUGGGCUGCAAGGGUGA